AUGGGUGUUUUUGAUGAAGAUCGUUCAAUUCGUGCCUCAAUGCUGAAGAAGCUAUGGGUUUCUGAAGGAUUUUUAAAACCAACGAGUACUGGCAAACGCUUGGAAACAAUUGCGCAUGAGUACUUAAUGGAAUUGGUCGAUAGAAAUCUCAUAAUAGUUGAUAAGUUGGGGUCUAUUGGAAAUGUCAAAUACUGUAGAAUUCAUGAUUUGUUGAGGGGCGUGUGCUUGAAAGAAGUUGAAAAGGAGAGGUUUUAUCAUAUCAUAGGAAAGUCUCCUUCAGUCAUAGAUAACGAACCUCGUCGUCGGGUUGUUUUUCAAAAUGCUGGAAGUAGGGUAACAAGUGAAGUCUCGGGAUCUUUGCCACAUGCUCGUUCUAUAAUACUAUGUGAUGACAGGAAAGACUUUGAAACGCCUCACGAUUUUAGAUUGUUGAGAACAUUCAAAGCAUAUGAUAGAGAUACAAGUUCAUUAACAUAUGAUUACUUGUUGGGAGAAUAUUAUUUUAAUUUUACUACAGCAAGUGGUCUUCAUUUCCUAGGCGAUGUUUUUGAAUUGGUGAACUCACGGUACCUUGCUGUUAGACUUCACCGCGACACCGGUUUCCCUUCUUCUAUCAAUUUGCUUUGGAACCUAAAUACCUUAAUACUUCAUUCUCAGACUUCAGCCGAUCAGAUUUGGGAUACGAGUAGAACUAGAAUUUUUCAUGGUCUUGGGCAUGGUCAUGUUGUACCGAUUGAGAUUUGGCAAAUGCAUCAACUUAGGCAUCUCGUGUUUAUGAGAGGAGCAUUGACUCUCCCAGAUCCUCCGAGUGAGAUGGUUAUCAUGGAGAAUCUACAAACGCUCAGAGGAGCAAAGAAUUUGUAUUUGAAUAAGAGGGUGGUUAAAAGAAUUCCCAAUGUGAGGAAAUUGCAUCUAGUUUACGACUGGGAAGAUAUGGAGAGUUUGAGUGAAUUGAAACAAAUGGAGAGAGCAAACUGUUUCAGCUAUUUUCAGUGUCUCAGUAAAUUAGAAAGCUUGUACUGCCGCAUCAAUCAUGAUUGUGAUGAGUAUUUGCAGAGUAUUAGUUUCCCACAAUCCCUCAAGAAGUUGAAGUUAUCUCUCGAUGACUCUUAUGAUCUGGAGUUGGUAGAGAUAUUGGAAAAGAUAGGGUGGUUACCCCUUCUUCAGAAGUUAGUAUUACAUCGUGGUACCUUCAAAACAGGCAAGUGGGACACUACUGAGAGCCAAUUCCAGAGCCUCAAGCUACUACAAUUGGAUGAGUGUGAAGGUCUUAAAAAUUGGACGAUGGCAGAGAGCUCCCACUUUCCACUUCUCCACGAGCUUCGUCUUCUAAGAUUAACAGAAUUGGAGGAGAUCCCUUCAGAAGUUGGAGAAAUAGCAACGCUGAAAUCAAUUUAUUUGGAACAUUGCAGUGAAUCAGCGGUAGAGUCAGCUAAAAAGAUAGUAGAAGAACAAGAGGAUUUACAAGGAGACCAACUAGACCUUCAUGUUCGAGUUCUAGUUGAAGAAAAUGAGAAAAGAAUGUUGAGCUUGAGAAGUCCCAACUUUAAAGUUACAGUGAGAGCGCAGUUGCGGUCACUAUUACCCAGCAUCCAAGAUUAA